ACGGGCGGCACGGGCGCCGGCACCAUGUUCCUGCACUCCGUCAACCUCGGGAACUUGGCGUUUUACGCCUUCAUGGUCGGCAUGGCCACCCUGGGGCUGUGGGACGUCUUCUUCGGCUUCGAGGAGAACAAGUGCAGCAUGAGCUACAUGUUCGAGUACCCGGAGUUCCAGAAAAUAGAACUUCCAAAGAAACUGGCAAAACGCUACCCUUCGUAUGAAUUAUAUCUUUAUGGAGAAGGAUCCUACGCCGAAGAACACAAAAUCCUCCCUUUAUCAGGAAUCCCCGUUCUCUUUCUUCCCGGGAAUGCUGGAAGUUAUAAGCAGGUGCGGUCCAUCGGCUCCAUUGCACUGAGAAAAGCAGAAGACAUCGACUUCAAGUACCACUUUGACUUCUUCAGUGUGAACUUCAACGAAGAACUGGUGGCACUGUAUGGGGGAAGUCUUCAGAAGCAGACCAAGUUCGUGCAUGAGUGCAUUAAAGCAAUUCUCAAACUCUACAAGGGUCAAGAAUUUGCUCCAAAAAGUGUGGCGAUAAUUGGUCAUUCUAUGGGUGGCCUUGUUGCAAGGGCAUUGCUUACACUGAAAAAUUUUAAACAAGAUCUGCUGAAUCUUCUUAUUACACAAGCCACCCCUCAUGUGGCUCCCGUGAUGCCCUUAGACCGGUUCAUUACAGAUUUUUAUAUGACUGUAAACAACUAUUGGAUUCUAAAUGCUAGACACAUAAAUUUAACCACGCUUUCUGUAGCUGGAGGAUUCCGGGAUUACCAAGUUCGCUCUGGACUGACUUUUCUACCAAAACUAAGCCAUCAUACCAGUGCCUUAUCUGUUGUGAGCUCAGCAGUGCCUAAGACCUGGGUCUCCACAGAUCACCUCUCCAUUGUGUGGUGUAAACAGUUGCAGUUGACUACAAUUCGAGCAUUCUUUGAUCUGAUUGAUGCUGACACUAAACAAAUAACUCAAAACCCCAAGAAGAAAUUGUCGGUUUUGAAUCACCACUUUAUAAGACACCCAGCAAAACACUUUGAGGAAAAACCAGCAAUAAUUUCUGACUUAACAGUGACGCCGCUGUGGGUUCCAGUAAAAGUGUCGAAGUGGACCUACGUGGCUUACAAUGAAUCUGAUAAAAUAUAUUUUACAUUUCCUCUUGCAAAUCAUAGGAAAAUCUACACUCAUGCCUAUUGUCAGAGCACCAUGCUGGAUACAAAUAGUUGGAUUUUUGGCUGCAUAAACAGCACUUCUAUGUGCCAGCAAGGGGUUGACUUAUCAUGGAAAGCUGAACUGUUGCCAACAAUUAAGUCUCUGACGUUAAGACUUCAAGACUAUCCGUCUUUGUCACAUCUUGUUGUUUAUGUACCAUCUAUCCAUGGAAGUAAGUUUGUUGUAGAUUGUGAAUUCUUUAAAAGAGAGACAAGAUCCAUACAGCUUCCUGUAACUCAUCUUUUUUCCUUUGGAUUGUCUUCAAGGAAAGUGAAAUUAAACACAAGCGGCCUGUUCUAUAACAUAGAGCUUCUGAACUUCGGACAGAUAUACCAAGCUUUUCAAGUCAACAUAGACAGCAAGUGCUCAGGAGUCAAAGAAGAAAUAACUAGUAUCUAUAAACUUCACAUUCCCUGGUCUUAUGAAGAUUCGCUAACCAUUGCACAGGUCCCAUCUUCAACAGAAAUUUCUCUGAAACUUCAUGUUGCCCAGCCAGACAAUGACAGCCACGUCGCGUUAUUAAAAAUGUACACGUCUUCCGACUGUCAGUAUGAGGUGACGAUUAAGACUUCCUUUCCGCAAAUACUUGGACAGGUCGUUAGGUUUCACGGUGGAGCUCUUCCUGCUUACGUUGUAUCGAGCAUCCUUCUUGCUUAUGGAGGACAGUUAUACUCUCUCUUCUCAGCAGGUCAUUGCUUGGAGUAUGCUACGAUGUUGGAUAAAGAAGCAAAACCGUACAAAGUGGAUCCUUUUGUAAUUAUGAUUAAGUUUCUGUUGGGGUAUAAGUGGUUUAAGGAAAUAUGGGAUGUCUUACUCUUACCAGAGUUAGACGUCAUCGUCUUGACCAGUCAGAGCAUGUGUUUCCCCCUGGUCUCCUUGAUUCUCUUUCUGUUUGGAACGUGCACUGCCUACUGGGGUGGCCUGCUCUCGUCCACCGCCGUGAGGCUCCUGUCCUCACUGUGGCUCGCCUUGAAGAGGCCCUCUGAGCUUCCUAAAGACAUCAAGAUGCUCUCACCAGACUUGCCCCUGUUGACGGUUGUUUUGAUCAUAAUUAGUUGGGCGACUUGUGGAGCAUUUGCCAUACUUCUUACUUACCUUUACUAUGUGUUUAAGAUUGUUCAUCUGCAAGCCAGUGUAACAAAUUUUAAAAAUAGCCAAACUGUGAAUCCGAAACACUCGCGGAGGAGUGACAAGAGGUGCAGUCAGCACAAGGACGCAGCGGCCCACCCGCCUCGCCUGUCGGCCAGCGAGGCCGAGGACAGCCUGCGCAUGCACACCACCGUGGCCACGCUGCUGGCCUGGGUGGUGCUGCUCUGCGUGCCCUCACUCAUCUACUGGUUCAAGAACCUGCGGUAUUACUUUAAACUUAAUCCUGAUCCAUGUAAACCUUUGGCAUUUAUCCUUAUUCCAACUAUGGCCAUUCUUGGAAAUACUUACAAUGUUUCAAUAAAAUCAAGUAAAUUGUUGAAGACCACUUCCCAGUUCCCACUUCCUCUGGCGAUCGGUGUGAUUGCUUUCGGGUCCACACACUUGUACAGGGUCCCCUGCUUUGUCUUCAUCCCUCUCGCCCUCCACGCCUUGUGCAACUUUAUGUGAGGCAGGACUUGGGGAGCGCUAAGUAUGACCUUUGCCUUUGGGCUCGGUGGCCAGAGGGACCGCACAGAUCCGUCAGCGUGGACAAGACCCUUUGGAGAAGACGCGUCUAUUUUUACAACAUUGAAAAUAGGAAAUUAGUUUUGUAAUGCUUGCAGGGCGUUGUGGAAGCAUGGUUUGUUUUGUGGUGUGGCGUCUGUGUCCUAGUCGUUGGGUUUUAAUUAGUAAAAGGACAAGGUGGACACGGUCUGUGGGGCCUGUCUGCCCAUCAGCUAGUCCGACCGGCCACGCAGGUAGGGAUCGUCUCCUAAACACUCAGUAAAGGGGUGCAUUUGGCUCAUUUCAUCAGACUUUCUUCUGAGAAGUGGGAUCCUUCGUAUUUGCUACAGGACUCAAUUGUGAAGUAAGUCUUAAAAAGUGGAUGAAAUUCACAGCUGUGUGGUUCCUCAAAAAUGAAGUGGCCACGGAGAGUCUUUGGCCAGUUUUCAGCAGCCACGGCGAACAACAUAGAUCUUUCCUUUUUUCCUUACAUCGGUGAAAAUACACUUUUUUGUUCUAAGGAGGGAUGUUUUCUUAGAAACCAAUGCAACACUGAUGGAUGGACACGUAAUUCAAACGCAAAACGUAAUGAGAUUCUCUUGUGACUUUUCAAAAUGCCGAUCUUAGUUUUAUCCGUAGUGAACAUGAGGACAGGAUAGCAGGUCCGUUGUUCCAUCUGUACCACUUUAUUUACCAGUUUAACCAUUGACCAUGGUUGCCCAAAGUGCCUCGGGUCAAGGAGUGUUAAAAUAACUAAUUUUCAGUGGUCAGAAAAAAACUCUAGGUUUGCACAGUUUUGACUACUGUGGGGAGGGGGGGAGAGAUUGGCAUGAUCAAGUGCAGUACCACAUUUGAUGCAUAAAAUUAUAAUAUUAAUGGAGUAACAGACAAACUGUUACCCCAUUAACACAUACGUAUAAACAGUAUACCUGAAUAAAUAGGAGGCUUUAGCCACUAGAUUUAACAGGUGGAAUGUUAAUUUGCCAAGGUGAUUACUAUUUGACAGAUGAGAGAAUAAUAUUUCUACUCCAGAUUUCAGCUCACUUUUAGCCAGAAGAGUAGGAAGGAGGAAAUGGAGCUGGGUGUCUUUGCCUUAAGAAAGCAUAAACUCAGGCGGAGGUAUGCCUGGCCAACAGAGUCCUUCCUUUAGAUGUAUCUGCUGUAAGUACCUACAACCUCUCAAGUCCUUACGUCUCAGUGAUCCCACUGCUGCACCUGUAAGCUGGCGUCCUCCUCCGAGCCCAGGAAUGCCCUGGAGUCCAGCUUACCUGCCAUUGCACCUGGAUCCCUUACACCUCUCAGCUGCUACUGCCUGUGGAGGGCUAUCCCCAUGUUCCUGCCUAAACAGGGUCCCCCACUUCUCUUCUCGGUGGUUCCUCAGGUCCUUGCUCUCUUGGCAUCAGUUAGCGAGGGUCUUGCUGUCUUUUCUGAGACUGAUAAGCUUGGUCGAUUCCAUUGUUGUCUUUCUCAACUUCAUGCCUAGUGUUCCACAGUCAUAUUUGCACUUACGAAUUCCAUGAAAGGGAAGUGUUAGCCUCAGAGUCGACAUGGCGGACGUGCCCGGCUCUUAUCUGAGAGAAGUAGCCAAAGGGAUAGAUACAGAGUGCAUGCGUGUUCAGCACCCGGAAGGAAAGAGUUUCGUAGAUUGUACACCUGUCCCAGGGCCUGCCAUGUCUAUAUUUAAAUAAGGACACAUCUGCCUAUGUUUAGCUAUACAUGUUCUCAUAAACAACUUUUAUACCCGUGGUAUCUUUUACUUUUUCACGGAUGUCAUUGUACUUCAGGUUACAGACUAAAUGUGUUAUUUAACUGUUUCUGGACUUGACGUUGGGCUUAUAUACAGAAAGAACUUUAGAAAAUUCAUGAAUGUGAAUCCUCCGUUGACAGCCAUAGCCACUGGGUCUUUGUGAUCUGGAGUCUCCUUGUUUAAUCAGUACUGCUCAUGAAUAAAAUGCAGCAAGCUUA